CGGGAGCCGCGGUAGGCCGGGCUGAGCCGAGCCGAGCCGAGCCGGGCUCUCCGCUCCCUCACCACCGCCACGGGGUGGCCCCGGCUCCGCCCGGCGGUGGCCUGGGCUGACAUGAGAGCGUGGCCGGCGGUACCAUGGCCUCUGCCAGCAGCGGGCCGCGGGACGAGCGGGCGGGCGGCGAGCCGGGCCGCUCCUUGCAGCACAUGCUGCGGGCGAUAGCGGAGGAGCGCAGCCGUGCCGGGCUCCGCCAGGAGAUCAGCGGCCUCGGGUGUUUCAAAGAUGACCGUAUUGUGUUCUGGACUUGGAUGUUUUCAACAUAUUUUAUGGAGAAAUGGGCCCCCCGGCAAGAUGAUAUGCUCUUCUAUGUCCGUCGAAAACUGUCCUAUGUCAGUGGGGUUAGUACAGAGGGGAAAAAGCAGGUUGAAGUUGAAGUUUACCGGAGAGAUUCUAAGAAGCUUCCUGGGCUGGGAGACCCUGACAUUGACUGGGAAGAGAGUGUCUACUUGAACCUCAUUCUACAGAAGCUGGAUUAUGUGGUGACGUGUGCUGUGUGCACACGCUCCGAUGGAGGAGACAUUCACAUUCACAAAAAGAAAUCUCAGCAAGUGUUUGCAUCUCCUAGCAAACACCCAAUGGACAGCAAAGGAGAGGAGUCAAAGAUCAGCUAUCCCAACAUAUUCUUCAUGAUCGACAGUUUUGAAGAGGUUUUCAGUGACAUGACUGUAGGAGAAGGAGAAAUGGUCUGUGUGGAGCUGGUUGCCAGUGACAAAAGCAACACCUUUCAAGGAGUGAUUUUUCAGGGGUCCAUCCGCUAUGAAGCACUCAAGAAGGUCUAUGACAAUAGGGUGAGUGUUGCAGCAAAGAUGGCUCAAAAAAUGUCUUUUGGCUUCUAUAAAUAUAACAACAUGGAGUUUGUCCGAAUGAAAGGGCCACAAGGGAAAGGACACGCAGAAAUGGCAGUGAGCAGAGUUUCUACUGGUGACACUUCACCAUAUGGUACAGAAGAGGACUCAAAUCCAGAUUCCCCAGUGCAUGAGAGAGUCACUUCUUUCAGCACGCCGCCAACCCCAGAACGCAACAAUCGCCCAUCCUUUUUCUCCCCAUCCCUCAAGAGAAAAGUGCCCCGAAAUCGAAUUGCUGAGAUGAAAAAAUCCCACUCAGCAAAUGACAGUGAGGAGUUCUUCAGAGAAGAUGAUGGUGGAGAUCUACACAAUGCAACAAAUUUGAGGUCGCGGUCCUUAUCUGGAACAGGACGGUCUCUGGUGGGCUCAUGGCUGAAGCUGAAUAGAACAGAUGAAAAUUUUCUACUCUAUGCACACUUAACUUACAUCACUUUGCCAUUGCAUCGAAUUUUAACAGAUAUCCUGGAAGUGCGGCAGAAACCAAUUCUGAUGAUAUAGCAGAGAGAGGGCACAGCUUUGGAGCCUUGUUGCCAAGUGCCUAACCACAGCGGUUUUCUGUGCUAACACUACCAUCUAGUGUCAGGAACAUAAACCUCCACCGUAAAAAGGGAAGUCAAAGAAUACCAGCCGAUCAAAAGUGCCUCUUUCUUCCUUCCUCUGCUGUCAUACGCUGUACGCACAUUUGCAGUACAUCGCUUGAGUGUUUCCGACUGGAAGAGGACUUUCAGCAAAAUAAAACAAGAAGGGGCUGUGUUUAAAACGAGUCAAUGCUUUAUGAACAGUUUAUUACUGUGUUUACUUUAUAACUAAGAAACCAACAAUAUGUACAGAAUGUGUUAAACUUUAUAUUCUUUGAGGGAAACAAUUUGAGAAUUUCAUAAUGAUGUACUAAUGAACGUCGUUCCAUAGACUCUCACCCAUACUCUCCUUGUUGGAUUGACUUAAUGUGUGUGAGCGUGUCUCUGCAUGUUAGGAUUGAAGGGAUGAGAAAAUUUCCUGCUGAGGGAGGAAAAGGAAGAUGAUACUAUAAAGAUACAUUGCCAUUUGGGUAUGUGCAGUCAGAUAGGUCAGAGCUUAAAAGAGGCUUAAGAUGUUCCCAUUUGUUCAUGUGUCAGUGUUAGGACAGGAGAACUCUGCUGACAAAUUUCUGUAUCUACCAAAGAACAGCAACAUUUUCAUCCUCAAGACCUGGCUAAGAAACUGAGCCAGUGAAAAGAUGGCUAAAAUGUGCUGCUAUAGUAAAGCUGAGGUUCGUAUCUACUACUAAUGCUGCUUAUCUCUGUUAGUUGAUUCAGUUUGAGUUUGAGGCUGAAAUGGAAAAAUAGGAGGCCACAAAUGGACUCCAAAAACUAAAAACCUUACCAAUAACCAACAUCCUCUUGCAUGCACUGGACCAAAGUAGGUAAAAUUGUCCUUUGUGGUAGUAUUCAAGGCCAAGGAGGGAAUGAGAGCUGAUUAAUGUCUGGGCAGCUUUCCCAGAUUCAUCUUUUCCUGUUGUUUUGCUGUACUGUUACAUGCUGAAGCACAAGUUUUCUUUCAAGACAAAUGUUUUAAAUGUAAUUCUGCUCUGAAAAGUGACUAAAAAUAGCAUUAGUGGGAGGUUUGAAUUUUGUGUUUCGGGAGGUCUCAGGAAAACAAAUUUAUGUUUACAGGUAAAAUGCAGCUUUCUCAAAACA